AAGGUUCCGGGUUUAGUAACAACAAUACAACUACAAGGCUACAAGGUUCCGGGGUUCAGCAUCAACAAAACAACUACAAAGCUCUAAGGUCCCGGGGUUCAGUAACAACAAAACAACUCGAAGGCUAAAUGGUUUGGGGUUCAGUAACAACAAAACAACUACAAGGCUACAAGGUCCCGGGGUUCAGUAACAACAAAACAACUACAAACUACAAGGUCCCGGGGUUCAGUAACAACAAAACAACUACAAGACAACAAGGUCCCGGGGUUCAGUAACAACAAAACAACUACAAACUACAAGGUCCCGGGGUUCAGUAACAACAAAACAACUACAAGACAACAAGGUCCCGGGGUUCAGUAACAACAAAACAACUACAAGGCUACAAGGUCCCGGGGUUCAGUAACAACAAAACAACUACAAGGCUACAAGGUCCCGGGGUUCAGUAACAACAAAACAACUACAAGGUUACAAGGCCCCGUGGGUUCCGUAACAACAAAACAACUACAAGGUUACAAGGUCCCGGGGUUCAGUAACAACAAAACAACUACAAGGCUACAAGGUCCCGGGGUUCAGUAACAACAAAACAACUACAAGGUUACAAGGUCCCGGGGUUCAGUAACAACAAAACAACUACAAGGCUACAAGGUCCCGGGGUUCAGUAACAACAAAACAACUACAAGGCUACAAGGUCCCGGGGUUCAGUAACAACAAAACAACUACAAGGUUACAAGGCCCCGUGGGUUCCGUAACAGCAGAAGCAGUGCAAGUUUCAUCCUAACAGCCAUCAUCCUAUUGAAUAGUGGGACAUAGGACACAAUUUACACUACAUGGCCAGACAGUAGGCUAUACAUGUCACAGGGUACUGUGUGUGAAUGUGUGUUUACUUUGUAUUGUAUUACAUUGUAUUGAAUUUGUGUAUUUCCUUUGUGUCAUAUAUACAGUAGAAUUCCAAUGCAAAUGGACAAUACAAAGUAUGUUGCAUCAUACAAGCUCAAUGCAACAUUGACAUAGCAACUAAAUGGUGGCAAGAAUCCAACAAAAUAUCAUGCUGCUGAGUGUCGCAAAUUGAGUUGAACAAUGUUAGCCUUGGCUCAUGAGUCAUCACCACAUUGGUCAUCAUGACCCACUUAACUUUAUGCCUGUCCGUUAAACUGCUUAUAGGGAGGAGACUAGUGAGCCUCCAGGCUACUAGAAGCGUUGGUCUAAUUCAAUAGAGAGACUUUGCUGCUCAAUGUUAUUGUUUAGCGUUACUGUACGCUGAGCGGCUGCUACAGCCUAUUCAUUGUGCAAACCUCGUGAAGACCACUUUGGCGUCACCGUGUCCAGCUCCAAGCUACCUUUCCGCUCCACGAGUAGCGCGCGGGACAGUUGUCUGACGCAAGCUUGAAGUUAAUUAAGUGUGUUUUAGUUUAUUAUGGCAGGAGAAGAUUUCCAGCCGAGUUUGAGUUACAGAGGUUGUGUGGAUUAUUGCAUACCAGAUUUAUCCCCCGUUAACAAAAUAUGAGGAACAAAUCGUCUGUGCGCAGUUCUUAGGAAAGUAUCCUGGGUGCUGUUCUAGAACGGCGGAGGAUUCCAACAACAUAGGUGGAUGUAUUGAACUGUAGAUUUUCUCUGAAGGUUUAUCCAGUCACUGGGUUCCUCUGCACCAUGGUGGUUUUAUCAGAUGGCUCUCCCCUGAGCCAGCCAUGCCCCGGGGGGCCGGUUCAGGUCGGUUUCUACGAGAUCAUCAGGACGCUGGGGAAGGGAAACUUCGCUGUAGUUAAACUGGCUUGUCACAAAGUCACAAAAACCCAGGUGGCCAUUAAAAUCAUUGAUAAGAAGAGACUGGAGCCCUCGGACCUGAAGAAGAUCUACAGAGAGGUCGAGGUGAUGAAGCUCCUCAACCAUCCGCACAUUAUCAAGCUCUAUCAGGUCAUGGAAACUAAGGACAUGUUGUACAUGGUGAUGGAGUAUGCCAGGAACGGAGAGAUGUUUGACUACCUGUUGUCGUUGGGGCGGCUGAGUGAGAGUGAGGCUCGCAGGAAGUUCUGUCAGAUCCUGUCAGCGGUGGACUACUGCCACAGCAACCACAUCGUCCACAGAGACCUGAAGGCUGAGAACCUUCUGCUGGACUCCAACAUGGACAUCAAAGUAGCAGACUUUGGUUUUGGGAACUUCUUCAGUGAAGGACAAUUUCUGUCCACCUGGUGUGGGUCCCCUCCCUACGCCGCUCCAGAGGUGUUUGAGGGGAUUGAGUACGAGGGGCCUCCUCUAGACAUCUGGAGUCUGGGCGUGGUGCUGUACGUGUUGGUGUGUGGCGUCCUGCCCUUUGACGGCCCCUCCCUCCCCGCGCUCAGACAGAGGGUCCGGGAGGGCCGCUUCAGAAUCCCCUUCUACAUGUCCCAAGACUGUGAGAACCUGGUGAGGAGGAUGUUGGUAAUUGAACCAGCCAAACGGAUCACGGUGGCCCGGAUCAAGAAGCACCGCUGGAUGAAGUCGGACCCCCCGGCCACUGCAGCCCCUCCAGAGACGCCCCAGCCGAACCCUGCCCCUGAUGCAGAGCCCUGUCUGGGCGAGAAUUACAGCGAGCCGGUUCUUGGCCUCAUGCAGACCCUGGGCAUCGACCGGCAGAGGACCAUUGAGUCUCUUCAGAGCAGCAGCUACAACCACUUCUCUGCUAUCUAUCGUCUCAUGCUGGAGAAGGUGAAAGAGCUCCGCUCACUCAGACAACCCUCUAGCACCGAAAAGGUGACCCCCAACCCUGACCACGGCACUCUGCUACCGACCUGCAUUAGUGAGGAGGAUCACCAUGGAAACCAGGGGGAGGAGCCACAGGAAGAGGAGCUGCAAGAGGAGGGAGGGGCAGCACCCCUCUCCUUACACCCCUCCUGCAGACACACUCUGGCUGAGGUCUCUGCCAGCCUCCAGCAGUGCAGCCCACCUUGUGUUGUGGUAAACUCAUCUGACCAAGCUUCCUCAGAUAGUUUCUCCUCUUCCUCCUCAUCCUUCUCUGCCAGUCCCAGCCUGUCCAGCCCUAUUGAGGACUCCUAUAUGUCACUUGACACUACUGUGGUUGGCCCUGGGACCUAUAGCCCCACAGAGUCCCCCCUGGCCCUGUCAUCUACCGUGCCCAGCAAUGUUGACGGCCCUUAUCAGUUACUGGUCACUACCAGUCAUCUGUCCCAGGCACUGUCAUCCACCCUGCAGCCCCCUCCCCAGGACAGCCUCCCCAUACCUAGCUUCCAGGAGGGCCGCCGAGCCUCUGACAUGGACACCGGCACUCUAACACAAGGUCUGAAGGUGUUCCGCCAGCAGUUGAGGAGGGAGGCCAGUGCCAAGGGCAUGCUGGGACUGAACAAGAUGAAGAGCCCUGGGAUCCGGCACGGGUGGUCCCCCCCAGCCUCUGGCUCUGCACCCAGCCCCCCUGCCUGGGGGGGGCGAGACCUGUCCCACUGUGUCCCCACCACACCACUGUCAGAGGAGGGCUUCCAGCAGCAGAAAGUGAUCCAGAUUCCACUGUGCCAAUUCCACCCGACCACACCUGUUCCUCCCCACCACCCCAUGUCUUCCUCCCCGCCACCACACCUCUUCCUGUCUCCUCCUCGUCCUCCCAUUGGUCUGUUCUCCACACACACACUGUCACAUGACUUCCUCACACCCUCCCUUCAACAGAACCACUCACUACACCCAGAACUACACCCACAACUACACCUACAACCACAACUACAACCACAACUACACCCACAGCCACAACUACAACCACAACUACACCCACAACUACACCUACAACCACAACUACAACCACAACUACACCCACAGCCACAACUACAACCACAACUACACCCACAACUACACCCACACCUACAACCACAACUACACCCACAGCCACACCCACAGCCACAACUACACCCACAGCCACAACCACACCCACAACUACACCCACAACUACAAUUACAACUACACCCACAGCCACAACCACACCCACAACUACAACCACAGUCACAACUACACCCACAACUACAACCACAACUACACUCACAGCCACAACUACACCCACAGCCACAACUACACCCACAACUACACCCACAGCCACAACUACACCCACAACUACACCCACAGCCACAACUACAACCACACUCACAGCUACACUCACAGCUACACCCACAGCUACACCAAAAGACACACCCACAACCACAAUCCUACCUAUCUCUAUGCUCGGAGCAACCGCUAGACUUAUCCCCUUCCUCCUCCUCUUCCUCCUUCUCUUCUUCAGCCAUGGUGGCGUCAGCUGGCCACCUCUUGGAGACCCAUCUCCAUAUCAGUUCUCCUCGGGUUGAGAACCACACCCCACCCUUCUCUGACGCUCCUCACCUCCCUGUUCAGCCCCAGUUCCCCCACCCAAAACCCCAGUCUCAGCCUAAACUACUCCACCCCCACCCAGACCCCCAGACUCAACUACUCCACCCCCACCCAGACCCCCAGUCUCAACUACUGCACCCCCACAACCACCCAGACCCCCAGUCUCAGCUACUGCACCCCCACCCCCACAACCACCCAGACCCCCAGUCUCAACUACUGCACCCCCACCCAGACCCCCAGACUCAACUACUGCACCCCCACAACCACCCAGACCCCCAGUCUCAACUACUCCACCCCCACCCAGACCCCCAGUCUCAACUACUGCACCCCCACAACCACCCAGACCCCCAGUCUCAACUACUGCACCCCCACCCAGACCCCCAGACUCAACUACUACACCCCCACCCCCACCCAAAACCCCAGUCUCAGCCUAAGCUACUCCACCCCCCCACCCAGACCCCCAGUCUCAACUACUGCACCCCCACAACCACCCAGACCCCCAGUCUCAGCUACUGCACCCCCACCCCCACAACUACCCAGACCCCCAGUCUCAGCUACAGCAACCCCACCCCCACAACUACCCAGACCCCCAGUCUCAGCUACAGCAACCCUACUCCCACCCCCACAACUACCCAGACCCCCAGUCUCAGCUACUGCACCCCCACAACCACCCCCACAACUACCCAGACCCCCAGUCUCAGCUACUGCACCCCCACCCCCACAACCACCCAGACCCCCAGUCUCAGCUAG